AUGCAAUUUAUGAUAAACUCACUCUGCCAAGAAAAAUAUUCAUGCAAUAUUUGUGGAAAGAGUUUCAAACGAUCUUGUCAUUUGAAAGAACAUAAUAGAAUACAUACAGGUGAGAAACCUUAUUUAUGCAGUGUUUGUGGCAAGAGGUUUAAUACUUCUUCUAAUUUAAGAAAACAUAAUAACGGACAUACCGGUGAAAAACCUUAUCCAUGCAAUGUGUGUGGCAAGAGUUUCAAUCUGUCUUGUCUUUUAAAAGAUCAUAGUGUAAUACAUACUGAUGUAAAGGAAUAUUCAUGCAAUAUAUGUGGAAAGAGUUUCAAACGAUCUUUUCAUUGGAGAGAACAUAAUAGAAUACAUACUGGUGAAAAAUAUUACUCAUGCAGUGUUUGUGGCAAGACUUUCAAACGAUCUUUUCAUUUGAAAGAACAUAAUAGAAUACAUACUGAACAUACCGGUGAAAAACCUUAUCCAUGCAAUGUAUGUGGAAAGAGUUUCAAACGAUCUUUUCAUUUGAAAGAACAUAAUAGAAUACAUACUGGUGAAAAACCGUAUCGAUGCAGUGUGUGUGACAAGAGUUUUAAUCGAAUUUAUCAUUUGAAAAUACACAAUAGGAAACAUACUGGGUAAAAACAUUAUUCGUGUCAUGUUUGUGGUAAAAGUUUUAAUCUAUUAUUAUUUGAAAUAAUGUCAUAGAAUAAAUACUGGUGAAUGAAGGUAACUUAAAGGCCGGCAACGCUCCUGUGAUUCAUCUGGUGUUACAAUAUAAUGUGGGCGGUAUUGAUCACUUAACACCUGGUGACCCGUACGCUCUGUUAUACAUACAUGAUGUAUGGCACAUUGCUUACUGUGUACAUUGGCUAGACCUAUGUCAGCAGGAAUUAAUACUCAUGGAUUCUAUUAAUACAAGGGAGAUACCAGUCUACUUCCAACUCCUCU